CCAUUUGAGUUCGUUUUGUUCUCACCUCUUCCCCCACUUUACCUCCCUGUCUCUCUAACCGGUGGCUCUGUGUUCUCUGUUUUUCUUAUUUCUUGCUCUUCUCCAACGUUGCAAAGUGAAUAGUUUGAUUGAGGAAGAUUGUUUCAUUCUCGUGUGAUCCUCAAACGAUUCAACUUGUUCUUUUUUUUGUUUUGCUUUCCGCGGUGGUUAGAUCUGCAGAGCGCUGGUUUUACUUCUCUGGCAUGAAGCGAUUGCGGGAUGAUGGUUAUAGCAACCCCCAAUUUAAGCGGCCCCUCGGCUCUUUACGUGGAGAAUCGUGUGGACAAUUGCAAGCCCCUGGAAGUGGUGGUGGUGGUGGAGCCGGAGGAAGCAAUGGUGGUGGCAUCGGUGGUAGUGCUAGUACCCAGAAGCUUACCACCAAUGAUGCAUUGACAUAUUUGAAGGAAGUCAAAGACAUGUUCCAAGAUCAGAGGGAGAAGUAUGACAUGUUUCUUGAUGUUAUGAAAGAUUUUAAGGCCCAAAGAAUUGAUACUGCGGGUGUCAUAGCAAGAGUGAAAGACUUAUUUAAAGGACAUCCAAAUUUAAUUCUUGGGUUUAAUACCUUCUUGCCCAAGGGUUAUGAAAUAACCCUCAAGGAUGAGGAAGAGGUGCCUCAAAAGAGAACGGUCGAGUUUGAAGAGGCUAUAAGCUUCGUGAACAAGAUAAAGAAGCGCUUCCAAGAUGAAGAUCACGUGUACAAGUCAUUCCUAGACAUCUUGAACAUGUAUAGGAAGGACAACAAAAGCAUUACAGAGGUGUACAAGGAGGUUGCUGAUCUUUUUCAACAACAUCCGGAUUUGCUUGCAGAAUUCAUUAAAUUUUUGCCGGAUACUUCAGCAACGGGAUCAGCUACAAAUCCUUCUAUAGGCAGACAAUCUGUUCAUCGUUUUGAUGAGAGGAGCUCUCCAAUGUCUACACUUCGGCCGUCACAUGUUGAUAAGCAACGCCAUCGGCGUGAUCGGAUCAUUGGGCCUUACGGUGAACGUGACCGCAGUGUUGAGAAACCUGAUGUAGAUGACGAUAAAGUGACGAUGAAGAUACAUAAAGAGCAUAAGAAGCGUGAAGAAAAGGAAAGCAGGGAUUGGAGAGAUUAUGAUCAUGAUUAUAGAGAACCUGAGAGUGAGAACAAUGGAGACAUAAAUGUGCAUAAUCUGAAUGAGAAGAAAAAAUCUGCUCGCAAGGUUGGAGAAUUCGGAGGGAGCAGCACUGUGGCAUCUUGUGAUGAUCAAGAUGCCUUGAGAAGUAUGUAUAGUCAGGAAUUCACUUUCUGCGAAAAGGUCAAGGAGAGAUUACACAAUUCUGCAAGUUACCAGGAAUUCUUGAAAUGCCUUCAUCUUUAUAGCACUGAAAUCAUUACAAGAGCUGAUCUACAUCGUUUGAUUAAUGAUAUACUAGGAAGUUAUCCUGAUCUCAUGGAGGGCUUCAAUGACUUCUUGGAGCGCUGUGAGCGAGUUGAUGGUUAUCUUGCUGGCUUUGUGAGCAAAAAACCUAUAUGGGCUGAUGGGCAUACCUCAAAACCAAUUAAGAUGGAGGAGAAAGGGAAAGUCCCAAAACGUGAAGCAGAUGGUGGUAAGGAGAAGGACCGAAUCAAAGAGAAGUACUGGGGAAAGUCCAUUCAAGAACUUGACCUUUCUAACUGUCAAAGUUGCACUCCCAGCUAUCGGCUUCUUCCUGAUGAUUAUCCAAUACCUGUGGCAAGCCAGAGGACAGAGGUUGGUGCUAAAGUUUUAAAUGAUCAUUGGGUAUCUGUGACAUCUGGUAGUGAGGACUACUCUUUCAAACACAUGAGAAGAAACCAGUAUGAAGAAAGCUUGUUCAGAUGUGAAGAUGAUAGAUUUGAGCUAGAUAUGUUACUGGAAUCUGUGAGUUCAACUGUUAAGCGGGUAGAAGAUUUGCUAACUAUGGUGGACAAGUACACUGGUGUAGAUAGCCAUAUACGUAUUGAGGAUCAUUUUUCAGCCUUAAACUUAAGGUGCAUUGAACGCCUCUAUGGUGACCAUGGUUUGGAUGUCACUGACAUUUUGCGUAAAAAUCCAUCCCAUUCAUUGCCUGUUAUACUUACCCGAUUAAAGCAGAAACAGGAAGAGUGGACUAGGUGCCGUUCAGAUUUAAACAAAGUUUGGGCUGAGAUUUAUGCUAAGAACCAUUACAAGUCUCUUGACCAUCGUAGCUUCUAUUUCAAACAACAAGACUCAAAGAACCUGAGCACCAAAGCCUUGGUUGCCGAAAUAAAAGAGAUAAAAGAGAAAAACCAGAGAGAAGAUGAUGUGGCUCAUGCUAUUGCAGCGGGCAAUAGACAUCCCAUUUGUCCAAACAUCGAGUUUGAGUAUUCCGACCAUGAAAUCCAUGAAGACUUGUACAAACUCAUCAAAUAUUCAUGUGAAGAGGUUUGCUCAACAAAAGAUCAAGCUAAUAAAGUUAUGAGGCUCUGGACCACCUUCAUUGAACCAAUGCUGGGAGUUCAAUCUCACUCUCAUGGUUCAGAAGCCAAUGGAAAUGAUGCUUCCUCUCUUAAGCAUCAUCAUCAUCUUUUAAAAAGUAGUAAUGGGACACACAUUGGAGAAAGUGAGGGAAGUCCUAGCAAUGAUGCCGUUUUGACAAACUUUAUGCAAUCAAAAGUUAUCUGUAAUGACGGAGAUGCAAAUACAUCACCACAACGGAUGCAUUCUAUUAAGACAGAUGCUUUGGCCCAUGGAGUAGGUUUAACCAAUUCUGAUGCCACAGCUCUUAUUCAUGCACACUCAGGUGUGGAAUCCAGUUUAGGACGUUCUUCAAGGCCUGCUAAUGGCACCAUUGAGGACGGUCAUGGAGCCAAGUCUAUUACAAAUGACAUACGAGCAUCAGAGGAUGGUGAGAGUAUACGUGCUGCUCUUUUUGCGAAGGACGGAUUUGCUGGGGUUUUUGCCAGUCCCUCCAAAAAUGAAAAGGAAGAGGGUGAGUUAUCACCAAAUGGCGAUUUUGAAGAGGACAAUUUUGUUGUCUAUCAAAAUGGUGCCUCGGGAGAAAAAAAUGGUGGAGAUGCUGAUGACGAGGAUAGUGACAAUGCAUCUGUUGCCAGAGAAGAUGUUUCUGGAAGUGAGUCUGCUGCAGAUGAAUGUUCAAGAGAAGAAGAGGCUGAAGAAGAGGAAGAUGCAGAGCACGAUGAAGUUGAUGUGAAAAGUGAGAGUGAAGGUGAGGCAGAGGGAACAAGCGAAGCUCAUUUUGGUGCGGAUGGUCUGUCAUCAUUGCCCUUAGCCGAACGCUUCUUGCUUACUUCAAAACCUCUCACAAAGCAUGUUGUGGUCGCACCACCUUGUAUGGGCAGAAAAAAGUAUUCACGUGUUUUUUAUGGGAAUGACUCCUUUUAUGUACUUUUUAGACUUCACCAGAUACUGUAUGAGAGGCUGUUGUUAGCGAAGCAGAAUUCUUCAUCAUCCGAUUUGAAGUGGAAACCUGGAAAGGAAAAUAAUUCUGAUCCCUAUGUCCGAUUCAUGAGUUCAUUGUACAGUUUGCUUGAUGGAUCUUCUGACAAUGCAAAGUUUGAGGAUGAUUGUCGGUCUAUCAUUGGGAACCACUCAUAUGUUCUUUUUACCUUAGACAAAUUGAUAUACAAGCUAGUCAAACAGCUUUUAGCUGUUUCGAGUGAUGAGCUGGACAAUAAGCUGCUUCAAUUGUAUGAAUAUGAAAGAUCUAGGAAGCCUGAUAACUCUGUUGACUUCGUCUACUAUGAAAACUCUCAUGUUCUGCUCCAUGAGGAGAACAUUUAUCGUAUAGAAUCGAUAUCCUGCCCUCCUGGUAUAUCCAUCCAAUUGAUGGAUGAUGGAAAUGAGAGGUCUGAUGUGGUGGCAGUUUCUGUGGACCCCAAUUUUGCUAGUUAUCUCCUUUCUGAAUAUCUUUCAGUAGAACAUUGUAAAAAAGAGUCUCCUGCUGUGGUACUUAAGAGAAAUAAGAGAGAAUUUACCAAGCUUGACGAAUCUUCUGCUAUGUGCUUGGCUAUGAAAAAUGUAACCAUUCUAAAUGGGUUGGAAUGUAAGAUGGCGUGCAAUUCAUCAAAGGUUUCAUAUGUCCUUGAUACAGAAGACGUUUUCGCCCGUUUUGAGAGGAAAAGAAAGAUCCCAGUCGGAAAAUUGUCCAAACAUUACCGUGCUAGAGUAGAACGGUUUCAUAGACUUUUGGAAGCAUCAUUAUGAUUUAUGAUUGACAACCCUUUAUUAAUCAAGAGCUUGCUUGAUCAUUAAGGUAAAAGCUCUUUGCGCCGGUUUGUGGUCCAAAAGCUAACCGGGGUGAUUUUCAUUUGGGAGUUACUUCAAACAACUGUAUCAUCCAUCUUCUCUGCUCCUGGUAAUGGCAUUUAUGUCACUUGUAUUGUAAAUAUGGGAUUUGCCUUUGAUGUAGAUGGUUAAUUGUAGAGUUUUGCUGGUUCACCGAUGUCGUUCUUGUGGGAUCUUCAGAAAAAAAAACCACCAUUAAAUUCUUUCUGUAACUUUUUCCUUGUUUUAGUUUUUGAUUAAGAAGAUCCCUGCAAGGUAGAAGAGGUUUUUUUUCCUUUCUGUUUUCUAGCAGCAAACAGUUUUAUGGCUAGAAAUGAUGUAAACAAGCACCCUUUUUUGGUAAAAUGUACUACAGUGAAAUUGCUUAGGUUUAU